AUGAAGCACGAUCCCAACGAUCCAGAUGUCCUCCGCGGCGUGAGGGAGCGCACAAAGCUUGUCAACGAGCAGGUCGGGGCCCGUUUCUUGUGGGACGCCAUCCGCGGACAGCCUUUGGCUCACAACAUUGACCUAGAGCUCGUCGUCGGCGCCGACGUGGCCGGGCGUGCCCAGCUCAAGGCACAGCUUGAGGGGCUCGAGAGCCGGCUGCGGAAGAGGAGCCCUGUCCUGAUCGGCCACAACAUGCUGCGCCAUCUCUGCUUCCUGCACAGCACCUUUGUCGGUGACUUGCCAGAAUCAGUACAGGAAUUCAGGGCGGUGACAAGAGCGGAGCUCCCCCGAAUUGUCGAUACCAAGUACCUGUUCACGGAGGGAUGGAACGAGAUGUCCACAGACUUCAGCCUGGCCCAGUUCUUCGACGGGAUGUGGAGAGUAAAGCUCCCGACGGUGGUCGCCAGCCCACCACCAUAUUGCUACUACGGCCGCAUGUACCACCACCCUGGCUAUGACAGUACGUUUGGUCCCAACAAGACCAAAGUCUCCGUUGAUGCAUCCGCAGGUACUGACCCCGUCUGGCUCACAGGCUACAUGAUAGCAACCGUCUUCCUGCGCAGGUCGUACCAGCUGGCGCAGAACCCGACGCACGUGCUCGGAUGGUACAUCCAGGAGCCGCCGCCCACGCCUGCGCCGACUCCAGGGUGCGAGAGGGGCCCAUCGGAAACAGCGGCCAUGGUUCCUGUAUGGGGUGGACCAUUCUGGAAUAACUACGGCAACAGGAUCCGGGUGGGACCGUUUCGCCUUGUCCUGAACAUGAUAGAGACGGCGGGCGAGGAGUAG